GUUAGCUCCGAGGGCUGCAGUUCUCCGGGGACCUCCGAGGGCGUUGCCGCGGGGCAGGGGCGGGCUCGGGCGCUCAGUCACGCCCCGCCCAGGAGCGGCUGGGGCCCGGCGGCCGGGAAGACGCGGGCCGUGCGGGAGCUGGAGCGUCUGUGCGGGGCAACAGCGGCGGCGGCUGGCAGCAGUACCUGGUCUGAGAUGGGGUCCCAGGUCUCAGCGGACUCGGGAGCUCUGCAUGUGGUGAUUGUGGGCGGUGGCUUUGGCGGGAUUGCAGCCGCCAGCCAGCUGCAGGCACUGAACAUCCCCUUCAUGCUGGUGGACAUGAAAGACUCCUUCCAUCACAAUGUGGCAGCCCUCCGGGCCUCCGUGGAGAGUGGGUUUGCCAAGAAGACAUUCAUUUCCUACUCCGUGACCUUCAAGGAAAACUUCCGGCAGGGCCUGGUGGUCGGGAUAGACAUGAAGAAUCAGACGGUGCUUUUGCAGGGUGGGGAGGCCCUGCCCUUCUCACAUCUGAUCCUGGCCACAGGCAGCACCGGGCCCUUCCCGGGCAAGUUUAAUGAGGUUUCCAGCCAGGAGGCUGCCAUCCAGGCCUACGAGAACCUGGUGAAGCAGGUCCAGCGCUCAAGGUUCAUCGUGGUGGUGGGAGGAGGCUCCGCAGGAGUGGAGAUGGCAGCAGAGAUUAAAACAGAAUAUCCUGAGAAAGAGGUCACUCUUAUUCACUCCCACCUACCCCUGGCUGACCAGGAGCUCCUGCCAUGUGUCCGGCAGGAAGUGAAAGAAAUCCUCCUCCGGAAGGGCGUGCAGCUGCUGCUGAGUGAGCGAGUGAGCAACCUGGAGGAGCUGCCCCUCAACGAUUAUCGAGAAUACAUCAAAGUGCAGACAGAUAAAGGCACAGAGGUGGCCACCAACCUGGUGAUUCUCUGCACUGGUAUCAAGAUCAACAGCUCUGCCUACUGCAGCGCAUUUGAGAGCAGACUGGGCAGCAACGGCGCCCUGCGAGUGAACGAGCACCUCCAGGUGGAGGGGCACAGCAACGUCUAUGCCAUCGGCGACUGUGCUGACCUGAGGGAGCCCAAGAUGGCCUAUCACGCUGGCCUCCAUGCCAACAUUGCUGUGACCAACAUUGUCAACUCCAUGAAACAGCGGCCCCUCAAGGCCUAUAAGCCAGGUGGGCUGACGUUCCUCCUAUCCAUGGGGAGAAAUGAUGGUGUGGGCCAGAUCAGUGGCUUCUAUGUGGGUCGGCUCAUGGUCCGGCUGGCCAAGAGUCGGGACCUGUUCGUGUCCACAAGCUGGAAAACCAUGAAGCAGUCUCCACCCUGACGAGAAGGCUGCCACAGCAGGUGAACAGACUGCUUGGCAACAUACACCGUCUGCGAGCACUGAAGGGCAGGAGCGGUUUUCUGGAUUAGUAUGCCAAUGAUGUGCUGACUAGAAACACAACUUGUAUAAACCCCAAAGUGGUGGGGGUAGGGGAUGUGAGAGAGGCAUUAAAAAGAGACUCCCCCGGAGAAUUCUUUCUGGGUUUCACGGUUUGCUUGCAGCUUUACUGACCAAAUGGCUGACAUGUGCCUAGUGAAUGGUCUCAGGGAGGGCACAGCCAGCCUUUGUGUCCUGGCUCCUCUUGGAUGUGUGUGCGUGCACGCCUGUGUGUGUGCGUGCGUGCCUGCGUGUGUGUGUGUUUGGGGGGGAGGGCACAGGGUGUGGCAUUCAGAGCUCUCAGAGAGCUGGGCUCCUGGUGGCUGGCAUCUGUGAGGGCAGAGGAAGGGAGCUGGGGUGGAGAGAUGGCUGCACCGGACCCUCUCCAGCACGUUGAGGGGGAGCCUGUGUAUCUGGCAGGAAGUUAACAAAAGCCUUAUUUUAAACUCGCUUAAUUCGUGGUUAGCUGUCAUGCUCCCUCAUGCUUCAUGAACCUCUCUGCAUUUCCCCUUUUAGAUCCUAACUAAAUGCCAUUUAAAUGCUUCAUUUAAGAAGAGAGAGUUGGACAAAAUUUCCCUCUUUGGUGCCCCAUGAUCACAUUAAUGUAUACAGCUAUGAUGUAAUAAAAAAAAAUUUUUCCCUCUUUGGUUAACCUACUCUAGCAAAGAGUGAGUUUUUACAAAGCUAGCAGGGUUCAGACUGCAGCCUGGACUACCAGCCACCAGAGGAGUUUAAGGAGAGGCUGCAGGGAAUACAGUCCCCCACGGGGUGCCAUCUGGUUACCCGUCAGGGUACAGAGGCAGUUCAGCAGGUGACCCCCCAGCCUCAUCCUAGUGUUAUUUCCAGGUUACUGUCUUGGGCAAAUUUGUAAGGAACAAAACUCCAGCUAGUGCUAGGGGCAGGGAAAGGGCCGUGAGGGAUUUUGUGAUUUGUGCCUCUGCUUCCCUGGCCAACCCCACGGUUAUUUGGAGGCCCAGCCAUGAGGCAAUAAUCUCUGUAUAUAAAUGACUCCUCUGUUCAGGAGAGAUCUUCUAACAGGGAGGAGCCUGUUUUGGACCAGCUAAGACAAACUACACCGCAGAAGUGGUUGUUGAGGUCAGCUGAACAAAUUCAAGCCCUGACGUCCCCACUCUGCCCCUCUCUGAUCACUCCUUACCAACCUCAAUGGGGUUCUCAACCCAUCCUGUAUUGGAGUUGUGGCCCUGGCCCAAGUGAGACCUAUAACUCUCUCCCAGAGGAUGGCCCUGAGGACCAGGGCCAGCAGACUCACCCUCCCUGGAAGCAGGACCUGCUGAGAGAAACACAGGUCUGAUGUCUGACCUAGGGCCUCCUGUGGUGGCCCUCCCAGCCUGUCAGUGACAGGUCUUGUUCCGUUAACUUAGAACAUUCUAGAUGUAUCCACCCAUGGAGACAGAGUUUUCCAAACUGAGGAAAAUGUUGUAAUAAAAGAACAUAUUAUAAGAAAGAUGCUGGAUCUUUUAUUUUUUCUUUUCAUUUUCUUUUUCUUUAAAAAACAAAAUGGAACAAAAAAAUGCCUGAAGCAAAAAACAUUUUAGAAGUAGUUACAGAUAUUACAGGGCUGGGGUGUGGGCACUAAAACAAAAGAGAAAAGCACCAGUGAGAUGUCUUCCCCAUUUUUUUCUCUCCAUCACGGAGUACAGACAACCAACAAAGCCCGAGUCACUUUUAUGCUGUCUUCCCUUGUAAAAAGGAGGAACAGAAGACUUAAGAAUUUUGAAAGGAUUUUUUGUGUGAGUGCCUGUAAAAGUCAAUGCUAUAAAUCUAAAACGAGGUCUGUUUUUUUUUUUUUAAAGUUCUAAAACAACGGGAAGAAACACAAGGAAAGAAACCCCUCGCGGAGACCUGCUUAAUUAGGGACUGAGGCUCUUGAAGAAUAUAAAAUGCAGAGGGUUCCUCUCGUGAGCAGGACCUGCCCCCACCACCUCUGCUGCCCACUGCCCCCUCCGCCCCCCUCCACUGCCGUCACCCUUCUUCUCUUCUUUUAAAAAAUAAAAUCCCACUCUUGUAACUCUGA